AAGCAGGAUUCGGGAGGUUUUGAAGUGCACACCUAAGGACCCAACCAGCAAGGACAGCCAAGUGAAAUGUCAAAAGGCAACUGCUCACCCCGACAACAUUUACUGGGAGAAUCUGUCGGAUGAGGAUUUCCGUUGGUGGCUGAGAUAUCUCAUCCUCUUCCUGCUCUUCAUCAUGCUCCUCCUCUUCACUACCCCCUCCAUCUUCAUCAGCACCAUGGCCAAGUUGAACGUCACCAUUCCCUUCUCCUAUCUCAUUUCUCCAACUAUCAAGCAGUUCUUCCCAACUCUACUGCUGUGGAUGUUCUCCACUCUACUGCCACUGAUAGUCUACUGUUCUACAAAAGAAGAGGCCCACUACACCAGGUCCAGAGAGAAUAAGGUUAUGAUUUACAAACUCUUCAUCUUCCUGCUUUUGAUGGUGUUGAUACUGCCCUCUCUUGGCAUCACAAGUCUGGAUAUGCUCCAAAUCCUCCUGUUUGAUGACUCAUAUAAAGGCAGGAUCAAGCUAGAGUGUGUUUUCCUGCCGGAUCAGGGAGCUUUCUUUGUGAACUACGUCAUUACAUCUGCUCUAAGUGGUGCAGCGACAGAGCUCCUCUGGUUUCCACUGAAUAAGGUGUUCAACAGGGCAUGUAAAUGUUUCAUUAAGAAGAAGAACAACAAGACAUCCAAAAACCAGGCUUACGAGUUUCCAUACGGCGCCAUGUAUGCCUGGAAUCUGAGUGUGUUCACUGUGAUCAUGGCCUACAGCAUCACCUGCCCUAUCAUUGUACCUGCUGGUCUUGUGUAUCUUAUUCUGAAGCACCUGGUGGACAAACACAACCUGUACUAUGCCUGUGAGCAUUCCUACCUAGAUAGGCAGGUGCACCUUGAAGCUGUCAAUCUUGCCAUGGCUGCACCAAUCAUCUGCCUGAUAUGGUUGUACUUAUUCUCUGCACUUCAAGAAGGGUUCACAGCGUUGACAACUCUCUUCACCCUGGGGGUCCUCGUCAUCACCAUCACCAUCUGCUUCACCCGUAUCUGCUACGGCCUCUUCAAAGCAAACUCGGAUACACUUAACAAUGAGGCAAACCAGGAAAAAAAACCACCUAACACUGAGGAGGUUCUUCUAGGGGAAGUCCAAGGUGUAAGAGAGACUGCUGACACAGACAGAGACCCACAAGAUCUUCCCCUGAUAGAAGUGACCCCAAUGCAGUGACUCUCUAGUCCCAGACACUCUACUCUCCAGCAGCGUUGACCCAUACACAGUUACUCUCUAGUCCAGCAGCGUUGACCCAUACACAGUUACUCUCUAGUCCAGCAGCGUUGACCCAUACGCAGUUACUCUCUCAUUUGCUGUUUGUGACUUCUUGUAAAGACAUUUCUAAGAAAAAAAGGGGAAAAAAUAUAGCUUUUGAGUGUGUGAUUAUCUUGAUUUUUCAUAUGACUUGUGUACCUAUAGUGGAAGAAUUUGAGAAGGUGUUUGUUUGUUUGUAGGUAUUUGUUUUUAUCUUGCUGCAGGAAUGUACUGCAGCAACUGUAGCAAAAAUGAGAACAUAGGAUUUGUGCACCUCUAAUGAAGAAUUGCAGAAGUUUUAAGUGUGUUGUGUUUAUAGGAGAUACAUAUUUUUUGGACUGUCACAGUCCUGUAGCUUUUAAAUGUGUGUGAUUAUCUUGAUUUUUCAUAUGACUUAUGUAUCUCUAAUGGAAAAUUGAGAAGGUUGUGUUGUAUAGGCAUUUGUUUUUAUCUCACGUUAUUUUAAUGCAGUUGUGUAAUUGUGUGCUUUGUUAAGAGCUAAAAACAUAAACUUAAGCAUGAAUUAAUACAAAAUCUUCUAACAUCGCUUACAGGACCUUUU